GGCACUUCGCGGGUCGAAGGUCAAAUAAUGUGUCGACUGCUAACUGCUGUUGCAACAGUUUUAAUGCACCAUAUAAAUUUAAUAUUUUAAUUAAGAUUCUUUGAAUAUUGGAAUUGAUUAGAGCCUGGGAAUAUGAAGCAAUGAUUUUCGAUUCACGAAUUCACUUUGUCAUAACGUAAGGUGGCUGUCAGAAUAAGUCUUCGGCGACUCUCUAUGAGGUUAGCGAAUAGCAGCAGCUGGAAAAGUUCUGAGUAUUUGACAGAAGAUGAUACUACUCAAUAAAACGAUUUGUAACAGAAACUUGGUGAAGAAAUCCAACUUUUUAUCAAUAGCUUAUUUACAAAAAUGCUACCUCCAUGGUACGGCUAGAGGCAAGUUCAUUCAGAACCAAAAAUGUUUUCUCACCAUCUUCAGGCAAGGGAGUACGAAUUCUUCCAGCGUAAACGCUGGAAGAUCGCAGCUGAAAACAAUAUCUGGAACGAGAUUGAACAGGUCUGAAUUUAGGAGGCUCAUUGAUUUGGCAAAACCAGAAAAAUUACACCUUCUAGGUGCUAUCGGUUUUCUAAUUGUAUCAUCGACUGUAACAAUGGCAGUUCCAUUUUGCUUAGGAAAAAUAAUUGACCUGAUAUACACAGAGGAUAAAGGAAAGAUGAAAGAAAAAUUGAACAAAGUGAGCUUGAUCCUGUUGGGAGUAUUUUUAAUUGGAGGUAUUUGUAACUUUGGACGAGUUUAUUUGAUGUCAACCACUGGGUACAGGAUCACCCAAUCUUUGAGGAAAAAAGUUUUCACUGCUAUAGUAAACCAAGAAACAGCAAUGUUUGACAAGAGAAGUACUGGAGAACUCGUCGGACGACUGAGUGGUGAUGCGCAGCUCGUUAGCUCAGCGGUUACGACGAAUAUAUCGGAUGGAUUGAGGUCCGGUAUAAUGUCAGUUGCAGGAGUAUCGAUGAUGUUUUACAUGUCUCCAGAAUUGGCACUAGUCGGUUUAUCCACCGUACCACCGAUAGUUGGAAUGGCUGUUCUUUACGGACGAUUUAUCAAAAAGAUUUCGAGGCAGGUGCAGGACAGCGUAGCUGAUUUGAAUGUGAUUGCCGAAGAGAGGAUAAGUAACAUACGGACCGUAAAAGCAUUUGCUCAAGAAUCGAAUGAGAUAAAAAAAUAUGGAUCAAAGUUGGAAGAUUUAUUAAAAUUGUGUUAUCGAGAGAGCUAUUAUAGGGGAAUAUAUUUUGGGAUGACUGGACUUUCGGGUAAUGUCAUAAUACUGUCAGUUCUCUAUUACGGCGGAGUAAUGGUCUCAAACUCUGCUCUGACGGUCGGUAAUUUGAGCGCAUUUUUGCUCUACGCGGCGUACAUCGGCGUGUCGUUAGGAGGUCUGUCAAACUUUUACUCAGAGCUUAACAAAGCCUUGGGAGCUAGUACGAGGUUAUUUGAGCUGAUUGAACGUGAACCAAAAAUACCGGUCCAAGGUGGUAGAGUGUUAAAGGACAAACUCAGUGGAAAUGUUAUAUUCGACAAAGUCAAUUUUGCAUAUCCCACCCGGAUAGAAUCGAAAAUUUUGAAUGAUUUAAGCCUAGAGGUUGAAAAAUGCUCUGUGACAGCCAUUGUCGGGCCAUCGGGUUCUGGAAAAUCCACAUUAGCUGCUCUACUUCUUCGGUUGUACGACCCAACUGGGGGAAGGGUAUUGCUCGACGGAGAAGAUUUGAGAGAGCUCGAUCUUCCUUGGGUGAAAUCGCAGAUCGGUUUCGUGUCGCAGGAACCAACAUUGUUCAGCAGCUCUAUACGCGACAACAUAAUGUACGGUGCUGAAAACUCUGCUACUGAAAUCGACCUCAUGGACGCCGCGAGACAAGCCAACAUACUGGAAUUUACGGACACAAUGAAAGACGGGUUGGAUACCAUCGUCGGCGAAAGGGGUGUCACACUAAGCGGUGGACAACGCCAGAGAAUCGCGAUCGCACGAGCGCUUAUCAAGAAUCCGAGAAUCCUGAUCCUUGACGAAGCUACCAGUGCUUUGGAUGCUGAGAAUGAACGGUUGGUUCAACAGGCUGUGGAACGCGCUACGCAGGGUCGAACAGUUUUGACAAUUGCCCAUCGGCUGAGCACGAUAAAAAAUGCGGAUAAAAUAGUGGUUCUGGAUCACGGACGGGUCGCUGAAAAAGGAAACUACGAUCACCUCAUGUCUCUAGAGAAUGGUUUAUUUAGAAACCUGGUAAAACAUCAAACAUUCACUUGAGACGAUGUUUGAAAAAUUAUCUUCACGUUACUCAGUGUUGCAAACGACUGUGUCUCGUCAUUGUCGACCAUCUGUCAAAUGGUUGAGGGUGGUUCAAGCUUAUUAUGUUUGUACAUGUUCAUUGAUAUUUUAUUACCCUGUUUUAAUUACACGAUUGUAAUUUAUUCGAUCAAAUUAUGUAAAUAAAAGGUCCACAACCGA